CCGUUUCGCUCUCUACUCACUGAAAUUUCUCAGCAUCAUUUCUUCUCCUUCUGCAGAAAAUUCCGGCGUUCGUCCCAUCUCCCAUAUUUCAUCUCUCUCCCAUCUGCAGAAAGAAAGAAAGAAAACCCUAACCCUAGAAAAAGGGACACCAUGGGAGAUAGGACGGCUCCGAAACUCCCAAUUCCCGGCCAGAGAAACAUCUUGAUAACCAGUGCCCUUCCCUACGUCAACAACGUCCCUCAUCUCGGCAAUAUCAUCGGAUGUGUUUUGAGUGCCGAUGUCUUUGCUCGCUACUGCCGCCUCCGCGGCUAUAACACGAUAUACAUGUGUGGGACGGAUGAGUACGGGACGGCGACAGAGACGAAGGCCAUGGAGGAGAACUGCACACCUCAGCAGAUCUGUGAUAAAUACCACACAAUUCACAAGGAGGUCUAUGAUUGGUUUGAUAUAAGUUUUGAUGAGUUCGGACGUACAUCAAGUCCCCAGCAGACAGAAGUUUGCCAAGCAAUAUUCAAGAAACUGCUGGAGAACAAUUGGCUUUCCGAAAACACAAUGCAGCAGCUUUAUUGUGAUACAUGCAAGCGCUUCCUGGCUGACCGGCUGGUGGAGGGCAUUUGCCCAACAAAAGAUUGUAAUUAUGAGUCUGCACGAGGGGACCAGUGUGAACAAUGUGGGAAGUUGUUGAAUCCUACCGAGCUGAAGGAUCCUAGAUGCAAGAUGUGUCAGAACACUCCACGUAUUCGUGAUACAGAUCACCUGUUUCUAGAGCUGCCACUUCUGAAGGAUAAAUUGGAAGAGUAUAUCUACAAUAUGUCAGUGGCUGGAUCUUGGAGUCAAAAUGCUAUCCAAUCGACACAAGCAUGGCUAAAGGAAGGAUUGAAACCCCGCUGUAUUACCAGGGAUCUAAAGUGGGGUGUGCCUGUUCCACAUGAGAAGUUUAAAGAUAAGGUUUUUUAUGUAUGGUUUGAUGCGCCAAUUGGAUAUGUCUCAAUCACCUCAUGCUAUACCCCUGACUGGGAGAAGUGGUGGAAGAAUCCUGAAAAUGUGGAGUUGUAUCAGUUUAUGGGCAAGGAUAAUGUGCCAUUCCACACGGUUAUGUUUCCUUCAACACUUCUUGGAACUGGUGAAAACUGGACGUUGAUGAAGACUAUCAGUGUGACAGAAUAUUUGAACUAUGAAACAGGGAAGUUCUCCAAAAGUAAGGGUGUGGGAGUUUUUGGUAAUGAUGCAAAGGAUACAGAGAUUCCUGCAGAAGUAUGGCGAUACUACUUACUAACUAAUAGGCCAGAGGUGUCAGACACAUUGUUUACAUGGGCGGACUUGCAGGCCAAACUAAACAGCGAGUUGCUGAAUAACUUGGGCAAUUUUGUUAAUCGAGUCUUGAGCUUCGUUGCAAAGCCUCCUGGAUUAGGAUACGAUUCCACCAUUCCUGAUGCUCCAAAUGCAGAAUCACAUCUCUUAACUAAGACAUUAGCUGAGAAAGUUAGUAACCAUGUUGAUCAGUAUUUAGAAGCCAUGGAGAAGGUUAAACUGAAGCAAGGUCUUAGAACUGCAAUGAGCAUUUCUGGUGAGGGAAAUGCAUAUCUACAAGAAAGCCAAUUCUGGAAGCUUUACAAGGAAGACCCAGCUUCCUGUUCCAUUGUAAUGAAGACUUCAGUUGGGCUUGUUUAUCUGCUUGCCUCUUUGCUAGAGCCUUUUAUGCCAUCUUUCUCUAUUGCGGUACUGAAGCAGCUUAAUUUGUCUCCUGAAACACAACUCUCAAUUUGUGAUGAAAAAGGAGAUAUCGACAGGGCAAGAAGGCCUUGGGAAAUUCUACCUAGCGGUCACAAAAUAGGGACACCUGAGCCAUUGUUUAAAGAAAUGAAAGAUGAAACUGUAGAAUUCUUUAGAGAGAAGUUUGCUGGAAGUCAAGCAGAUAGGAUUGCGAAAGCAGAAGCUGAAGCACAAAAGAUUGCUGAGGAACUGAAGAAAACAAAAGUGUCAGAUGGAAAUGGGAAGAAGCAACUACAAGCUAAGCCUGCAGUAGAAGCAAAACCAAAGGUGGCUGAUGCAGAAGUUUCUAUUUCAAGACUCGAUAUUCGUGUGGGUCUCAUCACGAAAGUUCAGAAGCAUCCCGAUGCUGACUCCCUUUAUGUGGAAGAGAUCGAUGUGGGCGAAGCAUCACCACGCACUGUUGUUAGUGGCCUUGUCAAAUACAUUCCUCUUGAAGAAAUGGAGAAUCGGAAAGUUUGCGUUCUUUGUAAUCUGAAGCCAGCGACCAUGAGGGGAAUAAAGUCACAUGCGAUGGUUCUGGCUGCUUCUAAUGAUGACCACACCAAAGUUGAAUUGGUCAAUCCGCCUGAGUCUGCUCCUGUGGGAGAGAGGGUCAUGUUUUCAGGAUUUUCUGGUGAGCCAGAUGACGUACUCAACCCGAAGAAAAAGGUCUGGGAAACAGUGCAAACAGAUCUGCACACAAACGCAGAGCUCAUAGCCUGUUACAAAAAUGUGCCUUUCACUACGUCAGCAGGUAUUUGCAAGGUUUCAUCCAUAUCUGGUGGGGCAAUAAGGUAGAUGGUUCAUGCACCUGAAGGGAAAUUCACCCACCUUCUCUGUUAUAUAUGGAUAUUGCAGUUUUCUUUGAAAGGAAAUUCGGAAAUGCCAGUUUUAGUUUUU